GUUAGUGUGACGUAUAAUCUAGUGGACGGAACGCUUCUUUCAGCAGCAGCAACAGUUAGUCCGCCACCUCGGUAGCUUGCUAGCCAAAAUAGCCGAACCAAUAAAGCUCUUUAGACGCUUUAGUGUAUAUUAGCCACUGUAUUUUAAACCAUUGUCUGUCGUCUAGUUGGUUAGUUAUCCUAUUUAAUUUCAUAUUUACGGUGCUGUUGUUAUUAUUCAGCUAGCGGGCUGGUUAAGUUAGCAUUAGCCUAGCUAGCUAACAUCUCAGACCAUGAGUUCACUAAAUUACUCUCUUCCUGCUGAAGAAGAGACGGUCUGUUGGACGGAGAAAGAAGCUCUCAUCAAAGAGGAGGAGGAAGAGAAGGAUGUUACAAUACAAAAACAAGUAGAGGGUGAGGCUGUUACCCUGAAAGAAGAAGAGAAAGACGUUACAGUGAAAGAAGAGGAAGACGUUACAGUGAAAGAAGAGGCGUUCAGAGUGAAAGAGGAGGAGGGUGUUACAGUUAAAGAUGAGGAGGAUUCAGUUUUUGAAGUGAAAGCGGAGGAGGGGGAGAAUACGGUCUCAUCGGAAGAAGAGGAGGAAACUGGAUAUCUGGGCCCGAUUUCCCAAACGCAAUUUAAGGCAUCCAGUGGUUCUAAAGAUGAACUUAGCCAUAAGAUGGUUUUGAGAAACCGGGCCGUGAUUACCACUGGAGAGAUAAGGGACUAUCGUGGAUCCUCUGGGGAGCCUCAACAACCUCAUGAUGCUGACGAGGCAGAGAAGAGUCUCUCCAGAUCAGAACUCCUCAAGAAACACCUGCAGAGAUCCACAGGGAAGAUAACUCACUGCUGCUCUGACUGUGGGAAGAGAUUCACCUCCUCAGGCAUUAAAAUUCAUCAGAGAACACACACAGGAGAGAAACCUUAUAGCUGUGAUCAAUGUGGGAAGAGUUUUACUACAUCUAGCAAUCUGACUGUACACCAGAGAACACACACAGGAGAGAAACCUUAUAGCUGUGGUCAAUGUGGGAAGAGUUUUACUACAUCUAUCCAGCUGACAUUACACCAGAGAACACACACAGGAGAGAAACCUUAUAGCUGUGAUCAAUGUGGGAAGAGUUUUACUACAGCUGGUCAUCUGACUUUACACCAGAGAACACACACAGGAGAGAAACCUUAUAGCUGUGAUCAAUGUGGGAAGAGUUUUACUACAUCUGGCCAUCUGACUUUACACCAGAGAACACACACAGGAGAGAAACCUUAUAGCUGUGAUCAAUGUGGGAAGAGUUUUGGUAGAUCUGGCCAGCUGACAUCACACAAGAGAACACACAUGGGAGAGAAACCUUAUAGCUGUGGUCAAUGUGGGAAGAGUUUUGGUAGAUCUGACCAGCUGACAUUACACCAGAGAACACACACAGGAGAGAAACCUUACAGCUGUGAUCAAUGUGGAAAGAGAUGUACUACAUCUGGCCAGCUGACAUUACACCAGAGAACACACACAGGAGAGAAACCUUAUAGCUGUGAUCAAUGUGGGAAGAGAUUUACUACAUCUAGCCAGCUGACAUUACACCAGAGGAUACACACAGGAGAGAAACCUUAUUGCUGUAAUCAAUGUGGGAAGAGUUUUACUCAGCUGAACAGCCUGAUAGUACACCAGCGGACACACACAGGAGAGAAACCUUUUAGCUGUGAUCUAUGUGGGAAGAGAUUUACUACAUCUAGCGCUCUUACUUCACACCAGAGAAUACACACAGGAGAGAAACCUUAUUGCUGUAAUCAAUGUGGGAAGAGUUUUACUGAAUCUAGCUCGCUGACUAAACACCAGAGAACACACACAGGAGAGAAAUCUUAUAGCUGUGAUCAAUGUGGGAAAAGUUUUACUGAAUCUAGCUCUCUGACUAAACACCAGAGAAUACACACAGGAGAGAAACCUUAUACCUGUAAUCAAUGUGGAAAGAGUUUUACUCACCUACAAAGCCUGAUAGUACACCAGCGGACACACACAGGAGAGAAAUCUUUUAGCUGUGGUCAAUGUGGGAAGAGAUUUACUACAUCUAGCGCUCUUACUUCACACCAGAGAAUACACACAGGAGAGAAACCUUAUUGCUGUAAUCAAUGUGGGAAGAGAUUUACUACAUCUAGCGCUCUUACUUCACACCAGAGAAUACACACAGGAGAGAAACCUUAUUGCUGUAAUCAAUGUGGGAAGAGUUUUACUGAAUCUAGCUCGCUGACUAAACACCAGAGAACACACACAGGAGAGAAACCUUAUAGCUGUGGUCAAUGUGGGAAGAGUUUUACUACAUCUAUCCAGCUGACAUUACACCAGAGAACACACACAGGAGAGAAACCUUAUAGCUGUGAUCAAUGUGGGAAGAGUUUUACUACAGCUGGCCAUCUGACUUUACACCAGAGAACACACACAGGAGAGAAACCUUAUAGCUGUGAUCAAUGUGGGAAGAGUUUUACUGCAUCUGGCCAUCUGACUUUACACCAGAGAACACACACAGGAGAGAAACCUUAUAGCUGUGAUCAAUGUGGGAAGAGUUUUGGUAGAUCUGGCCAGCUGACAUCACACAAGAGAACACACACAGGAGAGAAACCUUAUAGCUGUGGUCAAUGUGGGAAGAGUUUUGGUAGAUCUGACCAGCUGACAUUACACCAGAGAACACACACAGGAGAGAAACCUUAUAGCUGUGAUCAAUGUGGGAAGAGUUUUACUACAUCUGGCCAUCUGACUUUACACCAGAGAACACACACAGGAGAGAAACCUUAUAGCUGUGAUCAAUGUGGGAAGAGUUUUGGUAGAUCUGGCCAGCUGACAUCACACAAGAGAACACACACAGGAGAGAAACCUUAUUGCUGUAAUCAAUGUGGGAAGAGUUUUACUGAAUCUAGCUCUCUGACUAAACACCAGAGAACACACACAGGAGAGAAAUCUUAUAGCUGUGAUCAAUGUGGGAAGAGUUUUACUGAAUCUAGCUCUCUGACUAAACACCAGAGAACACACACAGGAGAGAAAUCUUAUAGCUGUGAUCAAUGUGGGAAGAGAUUUACUACAUCUAGCUCUCUGACUUCACACCAGAGAACACACACAGGAGAGAAACCUUUUAGCUGUGGUCAAUGUGGGAUGAGAUUUACCAGAUUUAGAUAUCUAACUAUACACCAGAGAAAACACACAGGACAGAAACCUUAUAGCAGUAAUAAAUGUGGGAAGAUAUAGCUGUGACCAGAGAUAAUCUGAUAAAAGAUCUCGGAUUCAACAUCAGAAAAUACAUGUUAUAUAAUAAAUUGGUCUAUAAUCAGUUUUAUGAACAAUCCUACAUCACUCCAGUAUUUAUUGAAAACAUUCAAGUGCUAAUUGUCUUUAUUCCACUACUGAAGAAGCAUGACUCAAAUCACCUCAUACUUCAAACAUUCAGCCUGACAAAAGAUACAUGUUUUAUUAUUCCAUGCCUCACCCUUAAGUGAAGUAUUGCCAAUAUAUAUUAACAAAGGGGUGUACAUUUGGUUUUGAUUUUCAUAUUUACAAUUUAUGUAACAUUUAGUCAUAGUUAUUUAUGCAACCAGCUGACAAUUUUUGGGUACUAUUAUAUUGAAAUUGUUAUCCUGCUUUUAGAAUAUCAGGGAUCAUUCUCAGAUGUACCAACCCACAUGUACUAGAGCAUGACAUUGGGGACUGGGCCCCGAUCCAACAACAUGCCUAUCGAGUGAACCCUGAAAAGAGCGAGAAGCUCGGGAUAUUGCAGGAGCUCUUGAAAUCAGACAUGACUAAUACAAUUUGAUUUGAGUUUUGUCCAAGGCGAUGAGAGUUUUAGAAGGACGAGAGUUCUAGAAGCUGGUGAGUUUUAGGAUUCUAUAGAAAGUAAUUAUAUUUUUUUCAUUUAUGUUUUGAGGUUGGACUUUAGCACGUCUAGCUCGUUAGCACCAAUCAAUGCGCCCUACGUGCUAUCUCGUUAGUCAGUAUGUGUUACACCUGUGCUGGCUUGUCCAUCUCGUUAGUGGGAAGGUGUUUCACCUGAGCUGGUCCAGGUUCUAUUUAAGAGUGUCUGGCCCAGUGCUCCAGUUGUCUUGAUAGAUGUGGAGAGUCAACACCUUUAGUUGCUCCACUUUUUUGGUUUGCUUCCUGUCUUUAAGUUUAUUGUUUUUUUUUAUUUUGUUUCCCUCUUUUUUUAUUUUGUUUGCUUCUUCUUGGACAGAUUUAGUGGGUCUCAUAGUUGGUGUCUUUUAGGUCCCAGUUGUUACGAGUCAACUUUCAGUCGACACCCCCAUAGUGUCU